CGGGAGCAUAUAAGCGCCACAAAUUGAGCUAAACCAAGCUUCGUGACCUUCUCAUCGAUUCGAUUCGUUUCGUCGGAGAAUUUGUUAAUCAAUCUCCUUCCGAUCGAGAAAAGAAAGAGGAUGGCCGAUGGUCGUAGAUUGCCGACGGGAGGACUAGUAACUCGAGCCAAAGACGGCAGAGCUUUCGUCUUUUGUGAAAGAUGCUACCAGAGUGUACAAGUUGGGCGUAUGCAUGGUUGCAUCCCCGACGACGCCAAAAUUGAAACUGAGGCUAAGGAGAAACCUAUAGAGAAGAAGAAGUCAAAGCUGAAGCUGCCUCCUCCUACUGCGUUUUAUAUUUUCAUGAAUGGUUUCCGCGAAAUUUACAGAUAUGAGAAUCGAUUUAUUAACCUUAAGGAUGUUCCAAAGUUUGGUGGUGAAAAGUGGAAGUCUUUCACUGAGGAAGAGAAGAAAGUUUAUAGGGAUAAAGCUGCUGAACUUUUGGAGAAAUAUAACAAGUCACUUGAGUGCAGCGAUGCUGAUGAUGAUGAUGAAGAGGAGGAUGAGGAGGAGGAAACUUAUGAUGCUGAGGAGAAACAAGCUGAUGAAGUUGAGAACAAAAAAAGAUGCACCCAAUGGUGGUCAAACAGGUAGAGGUAGACGCAGAGGAUUUAGAGUUAGAGGAAGGCGUGGUUGGUUAGGUGUGUUUGGCUAAGCACACAUUGUCGAUCAGGUUCCGCCUGUUUCUAUGCUUUUAAUCAAGGCUGAUUCAAUCUUCACGCUUUAUCUCAAUGCAUGAUCUUUCAUGCCAUUAUGUAACUGACUUUUAUAAAUGAUAAUUUCUAUUUAAAAAAAAAGGAUGGUAAAGAACAGGAAUGAGAGAUUU